CUCUGUAUUAGAAUGGCUGGGCUUCUAAGGAAUAUAACUCUGUUUUGACAGUAAUUGAAUGUUUAUGUUCUUUGAAUUGACUAGUGGAGAUUUCAGCUCUAUGAUGUCUAGUUGCAGAUAUUCUAAUGUAGUGGAAUCAGUAAAGAAGGUAAAGAAGAAAGUUGGGUUUAUAAGAACCAAAGACAAUAAUGGGAAAUGUGCUUUGCCAGAUAACAGUCCCCCUGUAACAGUUGAGGCCAAAGGAACAAAAUCCCAAUUUCAAAGAAGAGAAAUGUUAAAUUUUUUAGACGAUAACUUGGUUUCCAUUAGAGAUACCAAAUUGCAAUGCCGUAAAGAAGGUUUGCCAAGUCUAAAUAAACAGAAAAGGGCAGUAUUGGCUGGAGAAGUCAAUCCUCAAGCUUCUAAAGUUAGGACGCCUUGUUCAACAAAGAAUUCAAAGUCCGUUAUCAAUUCUUCACAGUUGAAAAGCAAUGCUGCACCAAAUGUUUCUGCCAAGUUGAGCAAGAACCCAAUCAAAUUGAUCAACAGAGUAGGAUAUUAUUCUAAUCCCUCUUUUGUAGAUGACAGCAAUGUUCUCAAUUGUGAGAUAAGUGAGCAAGAAUUGCUAGAUUUGAAUUUGCUCCCUAACGGAUUUCUGCUGCACAAAUUGACUAUGACACCAGUUGCUACACCAAAGAAAUAUGAAAGACCUACUGGGGGAGGAUUUUAUAGCUUCGAUGGAUCCAGGUUGAGUCCAAUUGAAGAAGCCUCUCUAAUCCUUAGUAGCCCUAAUGGGGAUGCAUGUCCCUGUUUUAAUCCUGAUAAAGGAGGAGAGACAUGUCAAGUAGUUAAACUUGAUUUUGAGUCAGAACUUGUGGAUGAGAAACCCAAACUCAACGAGAUGGAUAGGACAUUAAAGUUAGAAAUGGAACUAUUGAAAGUAAAAAGAAAAAUUAAGGAGCUGGAAUGGCUAUUACAGAGGUCCCUAAGGAGGACAGACAUGUUGCUGCCAAAGCUUGCAAAAGAGGACGUGCUAAUUGCAUAUUAGAAGACCUUCAAUUGCUUUUCGAGUACUCUUAACUGCAAGAAAAAGCAAACUGCAGAGAUUAUGUACUCACGAGAUUUAUAUUAGCAGAGGCCCAUGCCCUCUAUGUAA